AUCUUGUUUUAAGCAUGAAAUACUUGUGUCGUGUCAAAUGUUUUGUUAAUUUGUUGAUUUCCAGUCGAUGGUCAAUGGGCAAACUGGUCCAGCUGGACCUCAUGUGACGUCACGUGUGGCAAUGGGAGGCAAUUACGAACAAGACGGUGUACAAAUCCAAUGCCCGAGAAUAAAGGAAAGGAUUGUAUUGGAGAAAGUUUACAGAUUAAUCGAUGUUCAAAAGAAAGCUGUACAGCAUUCAAGUCUGCAUUUUCUGUCCAAAGACCAAAAACCUAUAGCAACAUCAACGGAAUUUCAAAACUGACCUUUUCAAUUACCAUUUACCAGUAUGGCAAUGAUUUUAGUAUCUCGACAGGAACUUACACAUGUAGCAAAUCCGGUGUGUACCAUUUCUCUGUUACAUUGGUAAAGAAACGGGCAUCAUCGAGGGUUGAUAGUGUAUAUUGUCGACUUUACAAGAAUAGACAGUCUCUAAUCUAUAUAGCUGUUGAUCCAACUGACGACUCAACAGACAAAGGAAACGCUGCUAUAUCCCAGUCUAUCGUGAUAAAUCUUAACGUUGGGGACACUGUGUACCUUACUAAAUGCAGCGAUCCAAGCACAUACAUGGAAUAUUGGUCUUCGUUUACUGGAUUUCUCCUGUAUCCCAACAAUUGAAUUUUGUGUCCAGAAAAAAAUAAUGAUCUAAACUAAAUCUGUUCUUUCGAAUAAUUCUUUUUCCAAUACAGUAUUUAGAAAAAAAAUGACAUUUUUUUGUCUUUGGUCGUGAAAUACGUGUAUUAAAUAUUUUGUUAUGACAUUACAGGCACGUUUUCUAAAAAAGUGAAUUCAUCCUAUUAUGAAACUAAAGCGGACCAACAAAGUUGUUGACGAAUUAGGUAAAUUGAGUUAUUUUAAGUUAGAGCUUGAUGCUUAGUAACGCAUUUAAUAAGGUUUACUAGACUUACUGACAGUACUUGUUAACAAAACUUUCUUCUGAAAUUGUGCUUCUGCUGAAGGCAACAGUCAGGAAAAGAGAGAAAUUUUUAUUAAACUUAUAAAAGAGUGAUUUGUUGACAUUUGAUGGGCUAAUUCUUAUUUCUCACUUAUUGUAUUUUUCAUUAUAUUGUUAAAGAAAGUGUGUACAUGUAAGACUCUCGUUAUCUCGAAGUCAUCGGGACCGUCCAAAAAUAUCGAGGUAACGAAAUGUCGAGAUAAACAUAUUAGAGUUUGAAUAAGGCAGAAACUGAUUUUUAGAAAAGACAUGUGCAUACCUUAUGUCAAAUAAACUAUGA